UACAUACUUACACUAUUUUGUAUAUAUCUAUCAAUAAUUAUGAAUUCAACAUAUACAGCUUUCUGUAUUUAAUUAUCACUAAUAACAACUUAUAUAUACAGUUAAUAAUUAUAAGAAGAAUUUUAGUUAGUAAUAAUUAGGUUUAUUAGUUAGUAAUAGUGUAAAAAAUGAAUUCAAAACCCUGGCUAGCACCAGCUCCAAGUUACAGUCAAAUAGAGACAUUUUGGGAUACAGAUGAGGAUGCACCGGGUCCUCGCUGCGGGCACACGUUAACCGCAGUUGCUCAGACCAAAUUACAUGGACCUAGGUUGAUUCUAUUCGGUGGCGUUACCGCCAUUGGUGGCGGUCCCUCCUCCGCGGUUCCUGGCAUACGAUUAGAUGGUGUGACGAACGCAGUUCAUGUGUAUGAUGUUAUUACAAGAAAAUGGACCAGAAUUCAACCGGCUGGGGAGCCACCUUCACCUAGGGCUGCUCAUGUGGCUGCUGCUGUGGGGACAAUGGUUGUAUAUCAGGGGGGGAUAGGUCCUGCUGGGCAUUCGACGGAUGAUCUUUAUGUGCUUGACUUGACCAAUGAUAAGUACAAAUGGCACAGGGUUGUUGUUCGUGGGCAAGGUCCUGGCCCACGUUAUGGUCAUGUGAUGGACUUGGUUGCCCAACGUUACCUUGUUCUUGUUAGUGGCAAUGAUGGAAAGAAAGUACUUUCAGAUGCUUGGGCGUUGGAUACUGCUCAAAAACCCUAUGUUUGGCAGAAACUAAACCCCGAAGGUGAUAAACCUUCUGCUAGAAUGUAUGCGACUGCUAGUGCCCGCUCAGAUGGUAUGUUUUUGCUCUGUGGUGGAAGGGACAUCUUAGGCACGCCGUUAGCAGAUGCUUAUGGUUUGCUUAUGCAUAGAAGUGGUCUAUGGGAAUGGACACUUGCACCUGGAGUUUCACCUUCAGCAAGGUACCAACAUGCCGCGGUAUUUGUUGGUGCUCGAUUGCAUGUUACAGGAGGUGUUCUUAGGGGAGGACGAUCGGUAGACAGUGAAGCCGCUGUUGCAGUGUUGGACACGGCUGCUGGAGUCUGGUUAGAUAGAUAUGGCAUGGUGACUUCACAAAUUAACAAGGGCCAAACCAAAGAUCCGUCUUUGGAACUCAUGCGUCGUUGUAGGCAUGCUGCUUCAUCUGUUGGUGUUCGCAUAUACGUCUUUGGUGGUCUCAGAGGAGAUGUAUUGUUAGAUGAUUUUCUCAUAGCAGAUAAUGCGCCUGAUUCUGAUUCUCCUCUGUUAACACCUGAAAGCAAUUCAUAUGUAGCAAGUCCUGGGUCAAACCAUUUGAGCCCAUUUGAUUCUAUGUCUCCCAGCAGUAGACCAGAGAGUCCAUCUGGUGGCCUAAGUAUGAGAAAAGAAUCAAUGGAAAGGCUAGCUGAAGCUUCUGCUGCUGAAGCUAAGGCUGUUAAUGCUGUGUGGCAAGCUGCACAAGCGCAUUCUGCUAAUCCUGGAGGAACAACCGCUUCAACUUACCCACAAGCUGCAGAGGCCAAUUCAGAGGGUGCUGAUACCGAGCGAGACGUCAGACUCCAUCCACGAGCUGUUGUGGUAGCUAACGAAACUGUAGGAAACCUUGGUGGGUUAGUAAGACAAUUAUCCUUGGAUCAGUUUGAAAAUGAGAGUAGACGGAUGCUUCCUUCACAAAAUGAUAUGUCAUCUCCCACCAAAAAGUUCACAAGGCAAAAGUCACCUCAAGGGUUGCAUAAAAAGGUCAUCUCUAAUUUGCUUAGGCCUCGAAACUGGAAACCACCUGUUAACAGGAGGUUUUUCCUUGAUUCAUAUGAAGUUGGAGAGCUUUGCUAUGCUGCUGAGCAAAUAUUUUUGCAUGAGCCUACAGUUCUUCAGUUGAAAGCUCCAAUUAAAGUGUUUGGUGAUCUUCAUGGACAAUUUGGUGAUCUUAUGCGAUUGUUUGAUGAAUAUGGAUUUCCUUCUACCGCUGGAGACAUAACAUAUAUUGACUAUUUAUUCCUUGGCGAUUAUGUUGAUCGAGGACAGCAUAGCUUGGAAACAAUCACUUUACUUCUUGCUUUAAAGAUUCAGUAUCCCGAGAAUGUUCAUUUAAUACGUGGGAAUCACGAGGCUGCUGACAUAAAUGCACUCUUUGGUUUCCGUCUUGAGUGCAUUGAGAGAAUGGGGGAGAACGAUGGGAUCUGGGCAUGGACACGGUUCAAUCAACUGUUUAACCAUCUUCCACUUGCAGCACUGAUUGAGAAAAAGAUAAUAUGUAUGCAUGGUGGCAUUGGGAGGUCGAUACAUUUAGUUGAACAGAUAGAGAAAAUAGAGAGACCAAUAAACAUGGAUGCUGGAUCUCUUGUCUUAAUGGAUUUGUUAUGGUCUGAUCCUACAGAAAAUGAUAGUGUGGAAGGUCUUAGACCAAAUGCUAGGGGUCCUGGUCUCGUCACUUUUGGGCCUGACAGAGUUACAGAUUUCUGCAAGAGAAAUAAACUUCAGCUGAUCAUAAGAGCACAUGAAUGUGUGAUGGAUGGGUUCGAGAGAUUUGCCCAGGGGCAGUUGAUUACCCUUUUCUCUGCCACGAAUUAUUGUGGGACAGCAAACAAUGCUGGAGCUUUACUAGUGGUUGGCAGAGGAUUAGUAAUCGUUCCAAAACUGAUUCAUCCAUUGCCGCCCCCAAUUCACUCACCAGAAACAUCUCCACAACAUGGUCAAGAGGAAACCUGGAUGCAGGAGCUUAAUAAUCAAAGACCACCAACUCCUACCAGAGGCCGACCCCAGCCUAAUCAUGACAGGAACUCGCUUGCAUAUAUUUGACUGCUCAUUUGAUUUAUGUAUCUGUAAAAGUUGGUUAUGCUUCUUGAUGGCAUCAUAGUCAACAAGAAGUCUCACGGGCACAACAGGUCAUCUUUGUUUCUUUCUAUCGGAUGAUUAUAAGAGAUGUAUCUAUGUAGCAUAUGUAGAAGUCUAUCAAGCGUAUAUAGGAAACUUCCUGUCUGGUCAGUGCUAGAUGACCAGUUGUUCAAUUGUUAGGUGUGUACAUUCAGGCUGGAGGAAAUGGUAUGAAGUUUGACCAAACUACGAUUGAAAUGGCUUUGUUGUAAUGUGUAUUACUUCUAACAACGCCAAUGACGAGUUGGAUUGCAUUUAUAGAUCUCAUGAAAAAGCAGCUAUUCGAGUGUACGUAUUAUAUGAAGCUACUUACUCUUCUGCUUA